GCACUCACUCUCCCACUGGCGCUCUCUCUCUCCAAGCAAUGCAAGCCAUCCAUUCAUCCAUGGCCGGCACUGCCACACUUACACUCUCGCAGAGACACUCAGACAUCAAACUCCUCCGGCAGUGUGUCGGUUGACUUGAGCGACGAGAGAGCCAGGUAGGCCACCCAGAAGGACACGAGAAUCGCUGCCCCUGUCAGUUUGGACACCUUGGGGCCGCCCAGCUCACCCCCCAGCUUCGACCGACGCACAGCUAGCAGCACGAUGCACGCCAGGGCGAGAAUUGUGAACACCUGAAUAAAACACAGGCACAUCUGUGCUGCAAUGCCACGCACCAGCUGCCUGCAUCCCAUACAUACCAUAACGCUGAACCCGAGAGACCCAGCUGGCACGGCGAAGGCGCCAUCAGGAUAUUUCUCGGCAAUGUCGGGAUACUCCUCCUUCCACUUGGCAGUCGACCCACGAGCACUCCUGACAGGCAACCACCAACAGGCAUGGUUGUGCGUGUGUCUCAGGUCUGGUUUCGUCCACGCACCAAACGAAGGAUGCGAUCAUCCAGGGCAGCCCCAGGCCCAGGAACACGUUGACGGAAUUGCUGUGCGGGACGACACGUAACGUACAGACGAUGUCUCCAGACACGACACGUGUCCAUCCAAAAAUCAUUUUGUCUGCACCUCACCUGCCGGUGAUGUUGCCAAUGGAUGCGUCUGCGUAGGGGUCCUUCUGGGCCGCAGCCUUGCUCGCAAAUGUAUCGGGCAAACUGGAUUGCAUUGCAGGCAUCCACACACGGGCCAUGCAUGACAUGACAACCAACACUCAGCGUGGCUCCCUGUCGGUUUGUUUUCACCUUGUGCCGAGGGCCACGAUGGAGAUGGCGGUGAUCUGAUUCAAGACACAGGGGCAAUCAGCAGCGCACGUGUAGCUAGCUGGUCGGUCAGUAAUGCGCUUCAGUGGAGUGGAUGUCUCGCCCAUUACUUUACCUCGUCGGGGACGCCAACCACACAGCCGAAGAAACCUUUACCAACCAACGCACAGAGCGUGAGCGACAGAAGAAAUGUAAAGGAAACCAGAUUCCUCACUGGACAGAUCUUGUACGAUGGCCGUGACCAAGCCUAUCAUCCUACAUGGGCAGCCAUCCACAUACACGCACACACGCCACUUAGACAGCAUUGAAGACGGAGACAUCUAUUGGCGUGUGUGUCUGUGUGUACGCGAGUGAAGUGACGAAGCAGAGGUAUCCGUUUGCGAUCGAAGUCGGCGGGCACGUCACGCUAAAAAUCAUCUUCCUGCAGGACAAAUGGCAGCCGACCGGCAGGCAAGUGAUUUCAGCCGUGGGGCUGGCCAUUCUCACUCACCAUGGAAAUGCUCUGAGUAAGGGAGACACACAGAAGGAUGGAUAUGGGGUGUGCACGACUGCAGCGCAGGGCGCCUCUGCGUUUCGACGCUUACAUGAUGUGCAGAAUCCAGUCGACACAGCUCGCCUCAGCCUAGGAAAACACACACCGACGUGCUCGCACACAGACAGGUACCCCCACCUGUCUGUCCCCACCUGGUCUUCAGGGCUUCCGUUGCAGUAGAGGUUGGAGAUGAAUGACUCCUUCCAUUCCCUCCUGGCGGACCUGAGUGCGUCUAUGUUGCAGCCGACGUAGGUCAGCAUGUCCACGGGCGACCACACGUGCAUCCUGUCCUCACUCAAUAUGUGGCACACUGCUAUGCAACUGAGGCAGGCAGGCAGGCAGGCAGAAGCCACGAAGGGAGAAAGAAUGGUGAGACACGCCCGCCCACCAGCCAUACCGGUCAGAGAAGCCGUCUUGGGUUGGGUCGAAUGUCGCGCCGCCUUCCGCGUCAGUAAUGAUUACUGAUCAAAGGAGGACACAGCAAUGCAUUACAAGUACUCGUGCAUCCUUUGCUCACCCCUGAAGGUCUCUGCUAGCUAGAGGGAGGACAAGACAACAGGGCAGGGGAGGGGGGGAGGGAGGGAGGGAGGGAGGGGGCGACGGAGGGAAAAUGCAAGGGGGGGAGGGAGGGAAUGUAUUAAUGCAAGCAUCAUGUGGAUCUGCUAGUGUGCGCGUGCUGUACCUCAUAACUGAACGGCGGACAGACACAACACUUUGUAAGUUCCUGCUCCGACGUCAUUGGGAUGGGGUGGGUGUCUUGUGCCUUACUUGGGGUCAUCGAUGAUGGGCACAAAGAGAUGUUUGAUGCACUCGCCAGGCGCAAAACACAACUCGCCCUGUCAACACGAAAUGCGAAACGAGCAACCAGGCUGGAAUAGUCUCUACCUCGAUUGGUUCGUAGUCCAUUCCGCUCUUGGCCGUCCCAUCCUCAGUGUGGUAGUGACACGACAAAUAGCCCUCACAACCCUGCACACACGUCUCGACAAUUAGUGGAUUUGCCAAGCCAUGGACACACUGACCCCGAAUCGAUGCACAGCGAACGUUGCGAUACCCGCAUCUGGUGAGCGGUGAAGAGAAUGGAACCAGGUCGGCAUACACGGUUUGCGAUUGCCCAGCUCACCUUCCCUGAUAUAGACGGUGUCCUGAAGAAAGGCAAAUACACUCUCCGCCGACACCUCUGGCCGCUCGACCGUCACCGUACACCUGCACGGACACCAUAUGUCAUUCACGGAAGUUCCUAUACGCCAUACAUACGCGGCAGUUCUGUGUGCGCUGAGCCGGUGGUGACCUGGUGUGUGAACCGGCCAUGACCAUUGAGCCCGGCGGCGCCUCACUCGCCUCGGCAAGCACCACCUGAAAGCUCGGCGCAUGGUCCCCAUCAGGACCCUGCAGGCAUGAAACCACACACAUGUGCGAGACGCACGAAGCACCGUGUAGGGCGGAGUGAGUGACAGAAAGACCAUGAUAUAGUUGCUGCCAGCGGUGGGCCCCUCUGUCCUCUCCUGUGUCUUGGGUGCCGAGUGGAGGGGGCUACUGGGUGCAUGGGUGGGAAUGUGCACUUCAACUUCCACCAAGUCGUCCCCUGGAUUGAAUGAGAGAGUGCCGCACGGAAUCGGCACAAAGUCCCUGACCGUGCACAGAGACACGGGGACAAAUGAGGCGGAGAGUCAGCUAGGUAUGGGUUGGAGCCUUUGUACCUUCCUGGCUUCGCCGUCACUGAAUACGCCAGACACAUAAAGAGAGCAGGCAACAAGGGAGUACAUGUCUAGAUCUUGCCGGCCUUACGAGCUUUCGUGAAGAGGGAGCAUCCCACCGUCUCACUGAGGUUCUUGCUGCGCCUCUUUACCUGCAGGAGAACACAGAAAAGUCUUCAACAUAUCUCAUCAUAUAUGUAGAGACACACACAUACCUUGACUUUGGCUGUGGGCACGUCGGAGGACACCCGGAGGCUGGGCUGUGCGAAGUAUAUGCUGUGGACCUUCUUGGUAUUGAAGGCCUUCUUCGCAUCUUCGUAUGACGGGAAUGGUUUGCCGUUGUCGGUGAAGCAUGUGCGAUAGAGAGACGCCGCGGUGGACGGACCAACCAGGCCCUGAUGCACACAUACAUAAAUGCACUUACUGACUCGUUUACGGGCACCGCUCUUGGUGUCUCCGCUUGCCUUGAAGGCUGUAACGGCAUUCAGGUCAUUCCCCCCUUGUGCCAUCACCUGUCACACCACACACCAAAGAGCAGGCAGUAAGAGGCCUCGACAUCCACGUUGACGGUCACCCACAUCGAAGAGUCCCUUCCAUGAGUGUCCGGUGCACUUGGACAUCAGUUGCCGCUCGCGCACCGUCUGCAGAAAUGACCGCAGCGAUACCAUGCUGUCUGCAGGGCACAGAAAAGGACAGCGGGUAUGACAGUGCAUGGUCUCCGUUCGUCUCUCCGCAUUUCACCUUCUGCUUUGGCCCGGUCCGUCGCGCUGCUGCGGCUGAGCUGAAGGCAAUCUGCAUCCAGUAAGCAAGCACGACACAAACACCCUCUUUGUGGCCGCAAAUUCGAAAAAAAUGACACCACUGCACCGUUGGCGAUGUCUUGUCCUUUCGGCAUCUCAAGCACGUGAGCAAUGCGGCUUACGUCGCUCGCACUCGUAACUACAUCAAAGCGGGCACACGUCACAUUCACAAGGAUGCACCUCAGCCAUUCUGCUGUAUUGGUACAUUCUGAUGAUUCGUCUGUGGAGAAGAGUCCAAAUGCCCACACACAUUCGGCGACCUGAUCCAGUGAGAGCACGGUCCUCUCUUUCGGGGCUUCCGGCGGCAACACAGCGUGCUUCUUGCCACCCGUCAUGCGCCUGAUACUCUCACGCUGCAGGACACAUAAGGCACACACGCCCCAUGCAUGUGCGUAUGUACGCACCUAUGUAUGUGUGUGCAUUUAUGUGCAUGUGGCCAGCGCACCCACUCGGUAUGAGAGGUAGUUGUGCGUGGCUGCGGCCCCGAGGUUCGCACCCUCAUCGUGCAGGCUCGACGGAGGACGGCGGAGCGACUCGAAAUGCGCAACAACUACAUACAUUCAUAUUGACACUUCAAUUGCGACUCCGAUCCAGGCCGAUUGCCUGCCUUACUUGGUUCUUGUGUGGUGUCUUCUUCAAUGAUGGGCAGUAGGUCUUUGGUGUCUGUCGUUACCGCCCGCCGCGCAAACAGAUGCUCGAUGUCUGCGGCAAUCAAGAGAGGACAAAGCAUGGACCAUCUUUUGGUGCCACGGUCUAUGUGUCAACCUGAUGUGGAUGCAAAUGCGGCGGCCGAUGUGUGGUCGUCUGUCGUGUAUUGGGUAUUGACCGACCCAACGGAGCAUUGAUCCGAGUCGCGCUGCUGCGCGUUGCGACCCACAAAACCAACCUUCUUCUGCUCAUCAAACCAAAGAAAAAGAGGGAAUCAAUCGAGGCAAUACGCGCCUGUUGUGUCCAGAUUGCCCGGCUCACCUUUUCUCUGAUCAAUGAGAACGGAUCGUCAUCACAGUCAAUCAGUCGAUGAGUCAGAAGAAUGGGUAGACUGCUCCCCUCCUACUACUUACUUAAAUGAGACGGCCACCUCCGCCAGCACAUCCGCGGCCGCCUCAUCUGUUGGUUCGGCGACCGUCUCAGCGAGUGCCUUUUUGCCGGCAUUCCGCCUUGUUGGCAGCCAGAGAGUGAAGUAACCUGGGCAGAUGAGUACGUGUGUACAUUUCAUGUACGUGUGUAUCUGCAGAGACGUGACGUCAUUUACUAAACGGUCGCCCCCCUACCUUUGUCUGCCAUGAAUGCCAGCGUCACCAGCAUCGGAAAGAAAAUGAAAGUCAAGACACCUGCAAGCAGACAGGACACAGUCACGUUGAUUCAUCUGUAUGUCAAUCGUGGGAGCUUUUACCCUCCCACGGCUCAACAACAUCUGGCGACGAUCCCUUGAGAAUGAUCAGCAGCCUGCAAUGGACGAACGUAGAUACGUGUGAGACACAACAAAGACCAGUCGCUUACCAGAGGUAUGCGAAGAUGGAAGCAGACGCAGUCACUGCAUAGACCCCCACGUCCUUGAUCUUGCGGAUCUGCACGCAAAGCAGUUGACCCACAGAGAGUACAUAUGUGUGAAACACAGCAGUAGGCUCUAUUGUAUUGUAUUGUAUGCACUCACCUCCCCUGCUGGGAUUGACAUGAUACACACUGCAGAUAUCACCUGCAUGUACGCACCAACAGACACAGCACACGCACCACACGUCUCCACACGACUGCGCAGCUGCAUGCUCAUGCUCUCUGGCCGUCCAACGUAUGUCACCGGUACCAGUAGAUUAAACCUGGCGGAGCAGUAGAUAAAUUCCACUAGCUGCCCAUGACAUUGAUGCGUGUUCCCCUGCUUACGCGGCUGAUCCAACGAUGGUCGACGGCCCCAGCUGUCCAGUGUAGAACUCCUGCAGGACCACAAACAAUUCGGCAGGCUGGUCUCGGCGUGCAGCCGUGAGGCACUGACUCACUGCCUGACCCUCGAGUAUAUCUCGAUGACGGACAGGAGUAUCUCGGGGGCGGACGAGCCCAGGGCCAUGAGGGUCAGGUUGGCCACCGUGUCGUUCCACACCUUGACGUGGAAGCGCCUCUUGUAGCCAGGCGCCACCUCCUUGACCACCGGACGAAGAGAGGACGUUAUUACCUCUAUCGAACCUGCGAACCCAAAUUCAAAAGAACCACGCUGUUCUCGAUGGCAGGGGUCCCUGCGGGGAGGGAUUGUGCUCACCCAUGAAGAUGUCUGCCACUGAACAAUCAGCCCGAUAGAGAGAGAAGGAGACUUCCACGUGGUCGUUCCUUUGUUCUGCUUUGGGGCACGUGUUCGUGUGUGCCGUGCCUGUAUGUACCGAUGGCGAUGCCGAGGAACAUGUAUAUGUUGCCCGCAAGGUAGAGCACGGCCCGGAGUGCGUUAGGCCACCUCUGUUCGGCAUCUCCGAACACCGGGAGGAAAAUGCCCUCUGGACACUCUGUGCUAUCCAUGAUCACAGCCGCGCAAUCGCCGAGUCGGUUGGCGGAGCUACAACGCUCG